AUGCUAACUUGCCUUGAUGAUGUUCGUCAUAUGACGGACAAAAGCUCAGCAUCUAUUCACCGGAAUCGAAGAAAACUAAUUCGGAAACAGCCUCAACAAGAAUGUUUCAGUAAAGCCAAUCGACAGCUGGUCAAGAGGAAUCCGCCGUCGUCUUCUGGUGCAACCGACCUUCGAAUCUCUUCGCCAAACACUUUCACUCGAAAUGGAGUAACUACUGUCGCUAUAGUAACUCUAGACGCCAACUACUUUGCCCGUAAGCAUCGGUUAAUGACAAAGUGGAUUGGCGCGAUUGAACUAAUCUUUUCGCGCUCGGUUUCCCAUGUCUCCUUUCAUGCCAUCUCCUCUGGCCCUGGGAUAAAUCAACAAGCCAGCCAAGGACAUACGCAUCCCGAAGGCUGUUUGUGCAGGAGGGGCGGGGGUGGGGGCGGGGAGAGGGUACAGGUGAGCAUCUUCACAUGCUUGACACACUGGGCCGUGGUUCAUCUGCCCACCUCCUCCAUUCCAAAGAGGUUGGAGCAAUGA